GCUCUGUACCAGCUGUACUUUGAUCCCGACAUGGAGCGUAAGAACGUGGCUCAGAAGUGGCUGACCCAGACCCAGGCCUCGGCUCAGGCCUGGCAGUUCUGCUGGCUCCUGCUCAGGCCAGACAAGAUCCCAGAGGUUCAGUUUUUUGGUGCCAGCACCCUCCACAUCAAGAUCUCUCAUCACUGGAGUGACCUUCCCUCAGAGCAGCACGACAACCUCAGGAUGCAGCUUCUGGCUCAUAUCUUACACUUCUCCUCGGGGCCCAAAAUGGUGCUGACUCGUCUUUGUGUGGCCUUGGCCUCCAUGGCUCUUAACCUGAUCCCUCAGGCCUGGUCUCAGCCGGUGGCAGACAUGGUGAGGGCUUUCCAACCGCAGAAACCUGACCCUGAAGAUGGCUCCGACGCAAAGACUUCCCAGGACCCCCAGGCGCACUGUCUGGCCCUGCUGGAGCUCCUCACCGUGCUUCCAGAGGAGUUCCAGAGCAGCCGGUUGGCCCGGGACCGCCGCGCCCAGCUGAGAGACGCUCUGAUCGGGGAGUGGGCCGUGGUGUGCACUGUGCUACAGCAGCUCCUGCAGAGCCAAGACUCCUCCUGUCAGGUGAAGGAGAAGGUGCUCCGCUGCCUGUCCAGCUGGGUGAGCCUGGAUGUCCCAUUAGGGGAAAGCCAGGAACUGGUCCAGGACUGUUUCUCUGAGCUGUCCAACUCAGAGCUGUUUGAUACAGCAGUAGAGACUAUAGUGAACGCCAUCUCACAGCCGGACUGCCAGAGGUACACCAACGCUCUGCUGAGCCUGAUGCCUCUGGUGCUGGGGCUCUUCGACCAGCUGAAGACAGCUGUUGAGGACCGGGACAUGGAAACCUCUCAUGGAAUCUGUCGUAUUGCUGUUGCUUUGGGAGAAACACACUGCAGGGUUCUGCUGGAACAUUUGGACCACUGGCGAGAUUACCUGGCUCUGGUUAACAUGAUUCUGUUCUGUACGGGCAUCCCAGGACACUACCCAGUUAAUGAGACCACCAGCUCCCUCACACUCACCUUCUGGUACACGCUGCAGGAUGAUAUUUUGUCAUUUGAGGAAGACAAGCAGGCCGUUUACCUGCAGGUCUACAGGCCUGUUUACUUCCAGCUGGUAGACGUGUUGCUACAUAAAUCCCACUAUCCCUCUGAGGAGGAGUACGCCUCCUGGUCCUCUGAUGACAAGGAGCAGUUUCGUAUUUACAGGGUGGAUAUCUCUGACACGCUGAUGUAUGUGUAUGAAAUGUUGGGAGCAGAGCUGCUCAGUAAUCUUUACGACAAGCUGGGCAGACACCUGAUGAACCCCCAACAGUCUGCAGUGUGGCAGGACACUGAGGCUCUAUUGUUUGGUUUCCAGUCCAUAGCUGAGACUAUCGACGUGAACUACUCUGAUGUUAUUCCUGGUCUUAUUGGUUUGAUCCCCAGAAUCAACAUCAGUAAUGUGAUGCUGGCUGACACAGUCAUGUACACCAUUGGGUCUCUGGCGGAGUGGUUGGCUGACCACCCGGUCAUGUUGGGAGGCAUCUUACCCAUGGUGCUGCGGGGCCUGGGGAAGGCUGAGCUGUCUGUGUCCAGUAUCUCCACACUGAAGAGGAUCUGCAGGGAGUGCAGGCACGACAUCGGCCCCUACGCUCAGGACAUCCUUACUGUGUCGCAGGAUGUGCUGGUAAAGGAUGUUCAUAAGAGCAGCCAGUGCAUGUGGCUCAUGCAGGCCCUGGGUUUCCUGCUGUCUGCUCUGCCAACAGAGGAGGUUUUAGGCAGACUGCACCUUCUCAUCACCCCUCACAUCCAGCAGCUGGACGCUCAGGCCCAUGAAGAGCCCAAUGCCACUAACAAACAGAGCAUCAUCCACAUCCUGGGCCUAUUGUCCAGCCUCUUCAGCACUCUGGACAUGAACAGAUGUGCAGACAGCUCAGAGGGAGCAGCCAGACUCACACCCUCACAGGAUGCACAAAACCCAGUUGUGAUUGUUCUGCAGCAGGUGUUCUCUUUGAUUCAGACCAUCCUCAGUAAAUGGCUCCAUGACUCAGAGGUGGUCGAGGCAGUGUGUGCCGUAUUUGAUAAAUCGGUCCGAACCCUCCUGUAUGAUUUCGGGCCGAUGGUGGCUCAGCUGAGCAAGAUGUUGGGACAGAUCUACAGCAGCUUCCCACAGGCCUCCGCCCUGGACCUGACGAGUCAGUUGGUUCACAUUUUUGCUGAAGAGGAACAUCACAUGUUGAACAUCCGAAGCCUCGUUAUAGUCCUGACAUCAACCACUUUUUCUAUUUUUCAACAAGGUCCGAGGGAACAUCCUGAUAUCGCAGAAUCCUUUCUGCAUCUUCAUGCUCAGAUUCUGAAAAGGAGUUCUGAUUUGUACCAGUUUGACCAGUUAGAUGUGAAAACACUGUUUUACUGUG